AUGUCAGGGCUUCCCAGGUUGGUGCAACAUCGUACCUUUCAGCAUACCGCUACCUCCAACUGCCAUAGCUCACUCACCAAUUCACAACAGGACCAUUACAUCGGCAUCGAUGUCGGGACUGGCUCCGCCCGAGCCUGCAUCAUUGACUCAACGGGUGAGAUCAAAGGUCUCGCAACGGAGGACAUCAAACUCUGGCAGCCAAGUCAUGACUAUGGCGGUUCACACUAUGCAAGCUUCCCCCACGGGCGCCCCCUUCACCACCCGGAGCAAUCCACAACCGACAUCUGGCGCGCCGUCGCCGCCUGCGUGCGCCGGACCCUCGCCGACUCGCACGCGGACCCGGCCUCAAUCAGGGGGAUCGGUUUCGACGCGACCUGCUCGCUGGCCGUCUUCACGCACGAGACGGACGAGCCGGUGCCCGUGACGUGGCCGGACUUUGCCAACGACGGCAACGACCGCAACGUGAUCCUCUGGCUGGACCACCGCGCCCUGGCCGAGACCGAGAAGAUCAACGCCACGGGCCACCGCUUGCUGCGCUACCUCGGCGGCAAGAUGAACGUCGAGAUGGAGAUGCCCAAGGUCCUCUGGCUCAAGAAUCACAUGCCGCCCGACCUGUUUGCGCGCUGCAAGUUCUACGACCUGGCCGAUGCGCUGACGCACCUCGCGACGGGUGGCGAAACCCGCAGCUUCUGCAGUGCCAUCUGUAAGCAAGGCUAUGUGCCGGUGGGUGUGGAUGGGAGCGUCAAGGGGUGGCAGGAGGACUUUUACCGAGCGAUUGGGCUUGAGGAGUUGGCGGAUGAUGGGUUUCGGAAGGUUGGUGGGGUGAAUGGGGUGAAUGGCCAGUUCCUGAGUGCUGGCGAGCUUGUCGGAGGCUUGUGCGAGAAGGCAGCCAAGGACUUUGGCCUGCCGCCCGGUAUCCCCAUCGGAAGUGGUGUUAUUGAUGCGUACGCCGGCUGGAUUGGCACAGUCGGAGCGAAGGUGAAGCUGGAUCCGGAUUGCAUAGACGACUUGGCAGCGCCGAACGAUGUCUCGCAGGCCUUCACCAGACUGGCGGCAGUUGCUGGGACAUCGACUUGCCAUCUGGCCAUGUCGAGAAAUCCCGUCUUCGUGCCCGGGGUGUGGGGUCCCUACCGGGACGUGCUGAUUCCAGGCUUCUGGAUGGCUGAAGGAGGGCAAUCAGCCACGGGCGAACUAAUGAAGCACAUGCUCGAAACGCAUGCAGCGUACGCCGAGGCAGCGAAAGAGGCCGAGUUAGCAGGCAAGAACAUCUACGACUACCUCAACGACCGCCUCCGGCACCUGGCGGAAACCAACAAGGCGCCAUCUAUCUCGUACCUCGCCCGGCAUCUCUUCUUUUACGGCGACCUCUGGGGCAACCGGUCGCCAAUUGCGGACCCCAACAUGCGCGGCGCCAUCAUCGGCAUGGGCAGCGACAAGAGCAAGAACAGCAUGGCGCUGCUGUAUUACUCAACCAUGGAGUUCAUCGCGCUGCAGACACGCCAGAUUGUCGAGACCAUGAAUAACUCAGGCCACAGCAUCCGCAACAUCUUCAUGUCCGGAAGCCAGUGCCAAAACGAGAUCCUCAUGGAACUGAUUGCCACGGCAUGCGGCAUGCCGGUGCUGAUACCGAGGUAUGUCAACGCUGCAGUUGUGCACGGGGCGGCGAUGCUGGGGGCCAAGGCGGCGAGCGCGGACAAGGACGGCAAGACGCAGUCGCUGUGGGAUAUAAUGGACCGGAUGAGCAAGCCGGGCAAGGUGGUGUGGUCCAAGGGGGAUUCAGCCGAGAAGAAGCUGCUGGAUGCCAAGUACGAGGUUUUCCUGGACCAGUGCCGGACCCAGCAGGAGUAUAGGAGAAAGGUUGAUGAGGCGCUCAAGGGCUCGUCGUUUUCAACAUCAAACAUGUUCAUGGGAAAGGGGACGCCCGGGACGGCGACGUCGACGGGAAGCCUGGGCGCAUCAACAUUGUUUGGGGGGUCCACGGGAACCGCCCCCCCCGGGGCAGCAACAGGCGCCGGCAACAGCAUUUUUGGCUCGACGACGACAGGAUCCUCCCUCUUUGGUGGCAAGCCAGCGACCGGUGCAACCACGACGCCGACCCAGGCCCAACCGUCAACAGCCUUCGGCUCCUCGCUCUUUGGCACCUCGACCACAACCCCGAAAACAUCCCUCUUUGGAGGCGCCCCGGCGGGAACAACUAGUAGCCAGGCCGCGGCCGGCAACAGUCUUUUCGGCGCCACUCUGGGAUUGGGCACCUCGACGGCUACGACGCAGCCAGCUUCUGGAACAAGCCUCUUCCCCUCGGCCGCUCCGGCCGGCGGUCUCAACCUCGGCCUCGGCAACAACACCACCACAAAUCCCGCUGCCUCGACGAGCCAACAGCCGCAACAAGCAGCGGCGUCAGCGACCGGCGCUCUCUUCGACAGUCUCCUGGCAAAGAAUAAGAAACAAGCUGAGGGCGAGACUGCGCUCGGCGACCUGCCAUCUCUGCAGUUGGGUCUUAGCGACCUGCGCCAGCGCCUCAAGAAGCUUGGGCCGUCACAGGAUAAGCCUCUCGAGCAUGGAAAGGCACACUACUUCCUCGCCGCAUCGGGCGUUGACCCCGGCGCAGCGGUGCGAGACCUGGGCGCGUUCGGGCUUCAAGCGCGAGAGCGUGGCGCCCCUGGCCAGGGAGUCGGGUUUGGCGGCGGCAUCGGCGAGGUGGAUGUCGAGACCUACCUUUCGAACUUGCAGACCAAGACGACGCUGAGCAUGAUUGCCGACGGGUUGGAACGGUCAGUGCGGGAUUUCGACGCCUUCCUCGAGGAGAACGUCACAAUGGAGUGGGAGGCGCAGCGCAAGAGAAUCUAUCAGCACUUUGGCAUCAAGCCAAGGGAGGAGACGGCCGGGGCGACCACACAAUCUGCUGCUCGCGCAUCGACCCCGUCCAAGGAGGGCCAGGGCACAUUUGGUCGGUCUAGACGCAAGGUGAGCCAGGCUCCCGCUGGGGAGCGGCCGUCGCAGCGAGCGAGCGUGCUGGGUCGGUCGGCCAUGCAGCGCUCUGUUAUUGGAACACCGACCCGGAUCGGAUCACAUGCCCCUGGAUUUACCGAUGUGGAAGCUCGCAAAGAUCAGGCUGGGUUGAAUGGCGUUGGGUCCAUGGACGAUCGGUUCUUGCGAGAGAAGCAAGGCAAGUUGGCCGAGAAGAUUCACGAAUUCAACAACGCCCGCCAGCGAGGACUUCCCGUUUACAUCUGCCGCGACUUGGCCGAGUUGGAGUCAAAGUCGGGAGACCGCCACGGACCGCAUAUCGUGGAAGCUUACCGCGCCAUGAUGGAGAUUGUCGGCGAGUUCCCCGAAGCGGAAGAGACCCCUCGAGAACGGCAGUUCGCCAAGAUGUACCUGGAUCCGAACCCCCAGUCCCAGAACGCAGUGGCUAUGCGGAAACAGAUCCUUAACGGGGCCAACGCGUUCUUGGAAAAGCAGUUCUGGAUUGAAGUUAACUCGCUCAUCGCCAAGUACCCUCAAGACGCCAACUUGGGUGGUCGUCCUGACGUGGUCAGCAAGAUCAAGGCCUACAUCCGACUUCGCAUCGCCCGGAAGACGCUGGUCCCGGACAACGUCGACCUCCAGCAAGCGAACGGCGAGUAUAUUUGGGCGAUCGUCUUCUACCUUCUGCGGGCGGGCUUUGUCAACGAAGCGGCGCAGUACGUCAACAACAACCAGAAUCACUUCCGCAGCAUCGACCGGACCUUCUCGGGAUACAUCAACAGUUAUGCGUCGAGCGAGGAGCGCCGGCUCAAGCGACAGAUGCAGGACCGGUGUACGAGCGAAUAUAAUCAGCGGAUCCGCAAUGCCCCGGAAGGCUCCAUCGAUCCCUUCCGCAUGGCGUGCUACAAGAUCAUCGGCCGAUGCGAUCUCAGCAACCGGAGCCUGGAAGGGCUGCAAACGGAUGUCAACGACUGGAUUUGGCUGCAGUUCAAUCUGGCCCGGGAGACAGACCGGUUUUUGGAGCUAGCUGGCGAGUCGUACGGCCUCAGCGAGCUCCAGACAAGCAUCCGCGAAAUUGGUCUCAAGCACUUUCCGAAGGCGCCAGCCGAGGAUACUAAUGGUAGCUUCGGCAUGUUCUUCUACCUGCAGGUGUUGUCAGGCAUGUUCGAGCAGGCCAUUGCUUACCUGUAUCCCUUCUCCUACGUCGACGCCGUUCACUUCGCCAUUGCGCUCACUUACUACGGGCUCCUGCGCCCGGCAGACGCACAGUCGACUGCUAACGAGCUCCUCUCGCACAACACGCGGAGCCAGCCGCAAAUUAACUUUGGCCGCAUGCUCGGCUACUACACGCGCGAUUUCCGAGCUGCCAAUGCCGCCGCCGCCGUGGACUAUCUCGUGCUCAUCUGCCUCAACGCAGACGAAGCCGGUGGCCCGCAGCAGGCGGCGCUUUGCCACGAGGCUCUGCGCGAGCUGGUGCUCGAGUCGCGCGAGUUCAGCCGGUUGAUUGGCGACAUCAGGCCCGACGGGCGGCGCAUCAAGGGAGUCAUUGAGGAGCGCGGCUCGCUGAUUGCGCUGGGCCAAGAAACUGACUUCAUUCGCGCCAUCACGCUGCAGGCGGCCAGCUUUGCCGACGACAACGGGCGGACGACUGACGCGGUGCUGCUGUACCAUUUAGCCGAGGACUAUGACACGGUGGUCUCGAUUGUUAGCCGGGCGUUGAGCGAGGCCAUCUCGCUCGAGAUUGGCGAGGACCCCAUGCGGUUGGUGCCGGUGAAGCCGCGCGUCGAGGGCGGCGGUGCCGAGCCCGAUGCGCAGCCGGGCAGCAGUCUGAGCCUGGCGGCGAUUGACGACCCCGUCGAGCUGGCCAAGACCAUGAUGAGCAUGUACGAGAGGGACCACAUGUUCUGGCAGAAGAUCCGUGAGCCGAACCGCGUGGCAUGUAACGUGCUGCUGCAGAUGAGCGACAUCAAGAGCUUGGUGGAGCAGGGCAAGUGGCCGCAGUGCUUGGAUAAAAUUCGCGCUCUGGAUAUCCUGCCGCUCAGCGCCGGCGGCGACCCGAGCGUGAUCCGCAGCUACGCGGCCCGCUUCUCGUCUCUGUCGCAACCCGUUGCGAUCAACGUACCAAACCUGAUCAUGUGGACCAUCAUCUGCUGCACCAAACAGCGCGAGCGCCUCAUGACAGGCCAGUUCAGCGGCAACCAGUCGACGGCGCGCCAGAUGGUGGACGAGCUCAAGCAGAUGAGCGUGGACUUGACGGCGUACACCAGCCAGUUGCGAUACCGUCUGCCGCCGCAUCUGCACGAGGCUUUGGCCAGGGCUUCGGCGGACUAA